AUGGAUGUCGCCUCGAACACUAAUCAUACUGUUGAGGCCGGUACGCUCCUUGCUGAUCCUCAAACAGACGAAAAAGGACCAUUCGCAGAAUCGUUGGAAUUGACCCAGAAGGAAGCACGCGCAUCAAUAAACAGUGAACUAUUGCCAGAUCAGAAAAAACUAGACGCUAACACUUCCAGCCAAAAUUGGGGCGGACUCCGUCCUAAAACUCCUUGCCCGAGAGCUACUCGUCCGAGUAGGCAAGAUGUACUGAAAGCGGGCUACUCUAAGCAAACCUUCGCAGAGAGAGGUCGCAGAAAUGAAAAAGUGGGAAUGGGCGGUAGAGAGAAUAAGAGCGAUGGCACGGAAGCUCGAAAACAGCAGGAAAUCCCUGCAACCCUUCGGAUGUCAGAAAGCGAGAAAGCUAGUGAAUACAGUGGUAUCACUGGUUCUGGGCAAAAUGCUACACCCGGAUAUCCCGGAAAUGAGGAGCGGGUAAGGAAGGGAUUCUGUCGCGCCUGUGCAGCUACUGAAACACCGGCACCACCACUGGAAAGAACGUUGAGUAAAACAAGAGAUAGGCAAGCUAACAAUUCUGUCUUUCGUGUCGGACUGGAUGGACAAACUAAAACUGCGACUUCACAAGGAACUGAGUCGAAAAACCUCGGUAUGGGACAGACGGAGCUUACAUGCCACCAAGCUCUGUCGGCACAGAAGCUGACAUCGAAAGCUAGUGGAACUAAAGAAGAGCAGCAAAGCAAGCAUGCUACACCAGUAUCAUCUACUCCUCAGAGUUUCAAUGAAAGCAGGAAAAAGCUGCCAGUAGAGGGAUGCAACCGUGAACAGAAUCAACCACGAGGACUGCUCAUAGCUAGGCUUCCUCCAAAAGUAACAGAAGUAAAGAUUGAAGGCAUAGCCGUUGACCAAAACUCCCUACAGAGUUUAGAAACGCUCAGCGCUCGCCAAGAGCCGGCGGUAUCAACAGCAAGAAGCUACAACUCGAGUCAAGAAAAUAUUCUCGUCCCCAAUCAGAAAGGCAAUGUGUUGGAAGCGAAGUCUUGUUCUUUACAGAAAACAACGAUGCACCCUGUACAGCCCACCACAGGUCCUGCACUGAAGGGAGGGGAAGAAAAGCGAAAGCAAGAAUGGCGCGAAAUGAGCAGCGCGGAAGAGCAUACAGCAAGCUCACCAGAGCUCAGAAGCCCUCAUGUAGAGCAGCAGAAUCACCAGGAAUUCACCACAGCACGGGCGAAUACUCCUGAUGUGAAACCAACAGCCCUACAAGGGUUGCAUGAAGACAGGGACGUGGCCACAGCAAAGGGGUUAAGUCCACAUUCAACAUCUGCUAGUCUCUCCCAAGUAUGCGACGUACAGGACAUUACCACAGCAGUUGCUAAGAGUCCGGAUCCAAAGCCUAUGGAAUUUUCUUUCGCCAGCAUAUUUCCUUCCUUAUUUGGUGGCAGUGCACCAGCUAACGAAAGCAGCUCUACGCCCAAUACAGCUGCUCCUCUAACUCUGCCAACACUUGCUCAGGGGCCUCCUCAGUUCAAGCCACCCGAGCAACCUGCAAAACCUCAGGAUUCGAGACGUGAUGUUAUUCAAUUUCGAUCGGAAUACGCUAAUAAAUUCGCUCUUGGUAGCGAACAUACCGUGGAUUUCUUCAGCGGUUCUUAUGACGAUGUGAGUCGUUUAAUGAUCAUUUAG